GACAUGCCAUCGGAUGACUUUGUCAAGCAUUUUGGCUUUUGCCAGCAAGUCAUGCAGCGACGAAUGGGCCUUCGCGGUGACCUGCCUCACUCCGUGGUGGAUGUCCUUUCGGAGCCGAGUUUGGAUUGGUUGAUUGAGGCAUCGCUGCCCCUGCCAGAUGCAAGCUGGCAGUCUGCAGGCCUUUUGCAAUUAUCAGGAAGUUUGGCAGCUGCAAUGGAUUUUCCACGCUACCGGUGCCUUAUUCCUAUGAAGCGAUGGCAGCCUGCGUCGGAUGUCAGUACCCGGCUGGCACCCGCACCCUCGCGCAAAACCGCUGCGACCGCUACAUGCAUGUCUGCAGUUUCAAGCACAAAAGCUGAGCUUAGUGUUGCUGCCAUCCGGGUGCAAAGAGCUGCCGCCUGUCCGAUGAAUAUCGGCUACACACCCUGA